UCUCAGACAGAGGUCCUCGUGUGCUCAGCCUGCACGGGCUCUGCCUUCUGACCCAGGCACCGCAGCCAGCAGCAGCAGCAGCAGCAGCAGCAGCAGCAGCAGCAGCAUGGAGUUCUGGGGCACCUACCUGCUCUUCUGCCUCUUCUCCAUCCUGUCCCAAGUCACUGCAGAGUCACCUACGUCCAAGCCCAAGAAGGCUGCAAAUGUCAAGAAAGAUGUGGUGAGCCCAAAGAUGUUUGAGGAGGUCAAGAAGAAGCUGGACAGCCUGGCACACGAGGUAGCCCUGCUGAAGGAACAGCAGGCUCUACAGACCGUGUGCCUGAAGGGCACCAAGGUGAACUUGAAGUGCUUCCUGGCCUUCACGCAGCCGAAGACGUUCCACGAGGCGAGCGAGGACUGCAUCUCGCGCGGGGGCACGCUGGGCACGCCGCAGUCGGGGCUGGAGAAUGAAGCACUGUUCGAGUACGCGCGCCAGAGCGUGGGCAACGAGGCGGAGAUCUGGCUGGGCCUCAACGACAUGGCGGCCGAAGGCACCUGGGUGGACAUGACCGGUGGCCGUCCGGCCUACAAGAACUGGGAGGUGGAGAUCACGGCACAACCCGACGGGGGCAAAGCCGAGAACUGCGCCGCCCUGUCCGAGGCCGCCAACGGCAAGUGGUUCGACAAGCGGUGCCGCGACCAGUUGCCCUACAUCUGCCAGUUUGCUAUUGUGUAGCGCAACCCCGGAGGGCUGUGAUGGGUGGGGCUUGCGGGGCGUCUGUGGGCUGGGUUGAACAUCGGUGAGAGGGGUGGGCAGGGUGCUUCCUGGGGGAGAGACAAGCUGAUGCGGGGCCCAGAGAGGGACACGGGAAACUUUUCUGUCCCCUGUUCCUCCCUGCUUGGUUUUUGCAAAUAAAGUUGGUACGGAAUCCCUGGAGUUGGUUGGUCG